GUGGAAAUAGGGGAAGGGGUCAGAUUUAUCCUGAUGGUAGCAAAAGUAACAAUACAGUUUAUAAUGCUACGGCAGGAGGGAUAAUAAGCAAAAUUUUACGAAAAGAAAAAGGGGGAUACGAAAUAACCAUAGUGGAUGCAUCGAAUGAACGCCGAGUAAUUGAUAUUAUCCCUCGAGGCCUAGAACUUCUUGUUUCAGAGGGCGAAUCCAUUAAACUCGAUCAACCAUUAACGAGUAAUCCUAAUGUGGGUGGAUUUGGUCAAGGGGAUGCGGAAAUA